UCCACAAUCAAAGUGUAAAAACCGAAUUGUUAUUUUCGGACGACGAAAGAAAAUGAGCAGUCACAGAUCUUGAUUCUAGAGAUAAAAACAGGGCCGUCUUAAAAAAUUUACUGAAGUAAUCUUUACCGAAAUGGAUCGAUUUUCAUGGUGUGAUGGCAGCCUUUAUCCUGACGAGAGUCUGGUUGAGCAGCAAAGCGGGGUCGCUGUGUACGACGGGCAAGACAAGACUGCCUUCAAUGCUGGUUUUCUGAUGCUGACUACUCACAGAAUUCUAUGGCGGGAUCAAAGAAACAGAAACUGUGUGAUUAGCCUCCCACUGGCUAAUGUAUCGGGAGUAGAUGAACAGCCAUCAGGCUUCACAAAGAGUGCUAAGAUUGUCCUUCACCUUUCUGCGGGUGCCCCAGGACGUCCUCCGGGACCGGUCACUCAGAGUCCCCAUGACUACAUCAGGCUGUCUUUUCGGGAACUUGGCCAGCAAGAGUUUUUACGAAGUCUAAAGGAAGAAAUGAAGAAGAGAAGGUGGGAGGCACAGCCAGCAGCCACCCCUGCAUCCAACAAUUCUGGCCUGCUUCCCAGACAGAGGCCUGGUAUUGUGGGCAUAGAGAGAUCCAUUCAGCAAAAGAACAAAGAAACCAACAAGAACAUUUCACAAGCUUUUCAGGAUUUGAGAAAUUUAAUGGAAAAGGCUAAAGACAUGGUUGGCCUGAGCAAGACAAUCGCUACUAAAAUCAAGGACAAGCAAGGCGAGAUCACAGAGGAUGAGACGGUCAAGUUCAAAUCCUAUCUGCUGUCUAUGGGUAUCCCCAACCCAGUGACGCGAGAAACACAUGGGACGGGCGACAAAUACUACACGGAACUGGCACGUCAGCUGGCUUCAGUGUUGGCCAAACCUGUCGAGGACUGUGGGGGCAUGAUGACGAUGACGGAUGUCUACUGCCGCGUGAACCGAGCCAGGGGCAUGGAGUUGUUGUCACCCGAAGAUUUGCUGCACGCCUGUGAGCUGAUGGAGAUGUUAGCUUUGCCUCUUAGACUGAGGACUUUUGACAGUGGUGUGUCCGUGCUGCAGGCUCGCAGCCAGGACGAGGAGGAGAUUGUGUCAAAGACGAGCAGCACGAUACAAGACAAAGGUCCACUGACCGCAGAGCAGCUGGCUCAGAUACUUGGCUUGUCCGUGAUACUGGCCAGAGAGAGACUUUUGCUGACAGAGAAGAUGGGAGGAGUCUGCCGAGAUGAGACAGUCGAGGGCUUGAAAUUUUACCCCAAUCUUUUCCUCACCGCUGGCUCUUGAAGUUGAUACGAUUGAUUGUCUCUAUGUUGUUUUUUGUAUGUAGAAGUUUGUUCACCUAAGCUAUGAUUUGAUUGUCUCUUUUGUUUUUUUAUGGAAAAGUUUGUUAGUUGUUUUUGUAUGUAGAAGUUUAUUCACCUAAGCCAUUAUUUUUUUUAUCAAUUGGCUAAAAACAGUACCCGGACAUGGAUGGCUGGCGCCUCUAUAAAUAAAUCAUUGAUGGUCAGGUUUUAUUGUCAGUGCUGUCUCCUAGUUUUUUUGCGGUAAUGGAUCACGCUGCCCCUGUUGGUUUUUAUUUAUAUAUAUAUAUAUAUAUAUAUAUAUAUAUUAUAUAUAUAAGAAGUACUUAGUCUCGGACACUGACCAGGUAGUUAGAGAUUUUUAUGGUAAGCAAAAUGCAGACAAAUAAGAGAUUUUGUCUGUCUCUCAUAGUAUGACUGUAUGUCAUAAUAUCAGAUAUUGUCAAUGUGCUGCAAUAUAAAUACAAAUACGUUUUUGCAGUUUUUAGAAAAUCCUAAGAAACAAAAACUUCCCUAAUUUUCUUAUUUUUUUCUAGGUUGUGCCAUGAUCAUAAUUUGGAGAUUUUUGGGGGGGGCUUUUUUACUUAAUUUUCUGGCUUGGUAAUUGGUCAACUUAGCAGCAAAUGGUAGAUUGAUUUUGUCUUUAUUCUGACGUAGGACAUUAUUGUAACUUACGAUAUCAGAAGAUUAAUGUUGAAAAUAAUACAUUUGGAGAAAUUAUUAUAAUCUAUAUUAUUUCCAUCUCCAUUUCUCCUUCCCUUACCCAGGCCCUACCACAUAUAUGUAUAUAUAUUAUUUCCUUCACGAGUUCUCCUUCCCCCAGGCCCUGCCACAUAUAUAUAUAUUAUUUCCCUCUCAGGGCGUCAGUCACCUCAAACCUAGUCACGGUGGGUGGUUGGCGGGUGCUCUGAUGUGGUUUGCUUCUUCUUUCCUAUCAAACAUCUAUCGUCCUUAUCUCCCCUCCUUCUUUUUUAUGUUUGUUACUCUCUUGUAACACCUCUAAUCUUCUGGCGCUCCUAUGACCUUAUGCAGUUGCGAGCGCCGUAAAACCUCUACUACUAAACCUAGUCAAGUAUUUCUACAAUGUUCUGUCCAAUUGUCUCUGAAAAAUGUUAUUGUUAUGUACCUGUUAUCCUCUAAAACUUCCAA